GAAGCUGCUGGUUCUGGAUGGUGUUGGUCUCUGUUUUGGUGACUUAGGUUAGGACUGGUGAAGGAUUGAGGAGGUCGAGCUCUUGAAGAACAUGUGGUUUUAGACAGAGAGCGUGACAUUCCUGGACAUGGAUUUUGCAUGAACUUGGGCUUGAUGAAGAGGAGAAACGUUUAAGGGUCUGCUGAGAGAUGAGGUGAAGGAGCAGAACUGAGGGAAAUCAAACACUAAUCCACAGCAGGCUGUCAGGAUGUUCCAGAGGAAGAAGAAGAAGAAGAGGAGGCUGGAGAUCUCCACUCCCAGGAACUUCGAGCACAGGGUGCACACGUCCUUCGACCCGGUGCAGGGCUGCUUCGUGGGUCUGCCGCCUCAAUGGCAAAGCCUCAUAGACACACUCCGGAGACCCAAACCUGUGGUGGACCCCUCCAGCGUCACGCAGGUGCAGCUCAAACCGCAGAAGAGGAUCGUUCGUGGCAGUUUCAUCGGACAUGAGGACUACAUUUCUGCGGCAAUCGCUCAGAUGAAUCGACUCUCUGUUACAAGCUCGAACUCGUUGAGGAGAACCAGCCCGUCUUUAAGGAAAAGAGCCCAGUCUCUGGGCCGUCUGGGUGAGGUAGCCGAAGGAGAGACUUAUGAAUAUCAGGAGCUCAAUGAGGCCAGUCGGAGGAACGGGCAGCCGGUGUCAGACUGGUGCUCGAGAUCCCGACAGAUCCAGAGCGAGAGCGGAAGCCCACGGCCCGAAUCCAAGAACAGCUACACCAUAAACUCCACUGAGUCUCGACCCAGAGCCAAGUCCAUGUUAAUGGGACAGCCGGUGCUGAUGCCCCGGGACAUUCUACUCGCGCCUAGAACUGCUCGUGAAGAGCCUGGUAUUGAUAAAAGAGAUGUAAAACCCAACCAGAGGCCCGUAUCGUGUCUCGACAGCACCUACAGCGAAAACGAUGGAGUGAGACUGAACUCAGAUCAGCCCGAGAUAGAAACGCCGAGGAGGCCUCAGUCCACAUACAACUUCAAGGUCAGAAACAUAUUUUCUAAAAACAUUUUUCUAGCAUUUCUAUUAGAACAGGUCAAACUGUCCGACUUUGGAUUCUGCGCUCAGAUCAGCAAAGACAUCCCGAAGAGAAAGUCGUUAGUCGGGACUCCGUAUUGGAUGGCGCCGGAGGUGGUUUCAAAGACGCCCUACGGCACGGAGGUGGACAUGUGGUCUCUGGGGAUCAUGGUGGUGGAGAUGAUCGAUGGAGAACCUCCGUAUUUCAGCGAGACGCCGAUAGCAGCGAUGAAGAGACUGCGGGAUGAGCCGGCGCCGACCGCCAGAAACAUCAGCAGGAUCUCUCCCGUCCUGAGGGACUUUCUGGACUCGAUGUUGACGUGUGAUCCGCUGGAGCGAGCGAGCGCCGGAGAUCUGCUCCAGCACCCCUUCAUGCUGCAGGCCACUUCUCCUCGCUGUCUGGUGCCGCUGGUGGAGCAGUACCGCAAACGCAUGUCACGAUGCUGACCUUUAGCACUUUAGAGACUGUGAACCUUCCUGAUGUACUGGAAAAACCCUGACGUUCCUCUGGAGAACCUCAUGGAGGAGGACAGGAGCGGUUCCCCCCAAAACCAUCAUUCUGUCAGCAUUUAUUCCUCUUAUUCUAAUGCGUUUGCACAGAACUGUUGACAUUAUGUGUCGCGUGUAAUAUAGACUGUGCUGAUGGGUUUAUUAAAUACAUCUGAUGAUCGUUCACAAUGUAUGGAAGCCUGUUUCUGCUCCAGGACAAGGAAUUAAAAGGUAAUUGUGACCUUAUUUC